AUGAUAUUCACGACAACAAGAAGAAUGCCCGACAACAUGUUCGGAAAGCGGACGGACGAUGCAACAUAAGAUUUCGGGAACGCUCCUGGUUGAUGCAACUCUACGCUCAGGGACUCGCAACGAAACCGCUGUGAAACGGCACAGUCUUGGCGCCCUACUAGACUUUACCUGCGCCCAUCAACGGUUCAGCAUAUCUACUCUCAAGAUGGUUUGUGUUCACCUAAAACGAGAUCUUCAUCAAUAGUCGACUUCCUAAAAGUCCAUUAUCGACACCGCAAACUCCCACUUGACCAAGGGCCUACCAAGAACCGCGUGCACGCGGGACACGCAUGAACAUGCUUCAACCACGAUUUCUCGCCCUCCUCCUAUCCACCCUUCUUCCCUGGUCGGCUUUCAUACCAACAGCCACCGCCCUCCCCCAACUCCCCGCCGGCGCCGACCUCAAAGAAGACAAUGGCCAAGUAACCAUCAACCCCGAUCCCACUUCCAACGCCAAUGAAACCGCCGGCGGCGGCGGCAGCAGCGGCAGCAGCAGCAGCAUCCAUCUCCCCAUUCGCGCCACCAUUUUCUCCGGCGUCCCCGGCCCCACCCACUGCCGCGGCCACGCCGUCCUACUACUCGACCUCCCCCCACCAGCACUCAACCCGGACAAUACCCCUAUCACAACCACACCGCAAUGCUACAAUAUCCCCAACGACUCUACAGCCGGAUGCGGCAACUUCCUAGCCAACAAGUCCGACGGGUGCGAAGCGCGCGUGUUCGCCGAGCCAAAUUGCGUGGGGUACUUCAACACCGUGGUUUUUAUUCCGGAGGACCGGGCGGUUGGGGGCCAGUGGCGCAGCGUGGAGGUGAGGUGUGGAGUUCCGCCGCCGGAUCCGGAAAGUUUGGGAGCGCCGCCGUUGGCGGGGGUUAUGGGGGGGAUGAGGGUUGUUGAGAAUAAGAAGGCUGGGAGGAGGAGGAGGAGGUCGUGGGAGGGGUGAUAGGGGGGGAUGAUGGACACUUGACUACUGCGAGGGAUGGGUUGAAA